AUUUCAUUUUAACUGCUUCAUAUAAUUAUUGAUAGUUAAAUAUAAAUCAGUGCAACAGCAUUUUUCUUUUCAUCAAAUCUUGUCGUAAAUGUAUUGGAGCAGAGGUACAACAAAAUUUAACAUGAAUUAUCUCAAAAUGAAGUAAAGUACUUGAAUAAAUGCAUUACUACUAGCCUUAAUUACUCCCAUGACCCUGCAUUUACCAACAGUUUAGUACCAUUUUGAGAGCGUAGUGUUACUCUUAAUAUCAAACAUGCACUAAAAAAUACUCAAAGCAAAAACUGUAACAUGUGCAGAUGUUCCCCAAAUUAUUAUUUAGUAUAACAAUCAGGUGAGAUUGUAUGGAGUAUACACUACUUUCAAUUUACACCGUAGCUGCCUUUGCUUUGAUACUGUGAAAAAAGAGAUUGACUGAAAAUGGGUUAAAGGAAGUGCAUUAUUUUUCAGCCAAUCAGUUUGAUUUUCACUUUGUAAACCUUGAUCACCGUGUUACACAAUCUUCCAUUUGAGUGGGAAGACACCAGUGGUGCCAGAUGAAGGGCUCUGUGUCACAAUGAUUGGAGGACUGGCUGCGUUGAUUUUUCUGAGUGCAUUGUCCCUGAUUCAAACUGCAGAGGAUCCUCAGCAGAUCCUUUUGACUGUGGUGGAACUUGGAUCUGAUUUGAGUUUGGCAUGUUCAAUUUCUUCAAAUGAAGCAGGGUUAUUUAACUGGUAUAAGCUCAAGUAUGGAUAUAUGGUCCAAAAAAUUGCAGCAGGAACGUUGGCCCACAUAACACUUCAAGGAGAAUUUAACAACUCAAGAUUUGCUGUUACAAAACUGAAUGCUAAGUUUGUUCUGAAAAUCAGAAAUGUAAGUAAAGAAGAUGAAGCAACAUACUUCUGUCAAGCAGGAUCGAUAUACUACAAGGAAAAUCUUAAUGGCACACUUUUGGUUGUUAAUGAUCAUAAAAACCUCAAGAAAUCUUUCUUUGUUAGUCAAAGUCCAGAGACCGAGUCUGUCCAUCCGGGCGACUCAGUGACUCUCCAGUGUUCACUCCUCUCCAAAAACAAAGAAAAGCCAGAUCAGUGUCCAGGUGAACACCAUGUGUACUGGUUCAGAUCUGGAUCAGAAGUAUCCCAUUCAGGCGUCAUUUACACUCCCAGUGAGAAACAAAAGGAAAGAAGUUGUGCGUACAGUCUGUUCAAAACUAUUCAGAACUCCUCUGAUACCGGGACGUACUACUGUGCUGUGGCUACAUGUGGACAGAUCCUGUUAGGUGAAGGAACUACAGUGGAGACAAGACAAAAAUAUAUGGACAUAUAUGUCCCUGUGCUUGGGACUAUGCUGGCCUGCUGUUUGAUUGUGAUUGCUGUUCUUAUAAUCUCCAGAAAUCAAAAGCCAGUUGGAGAAUCUUCCAGCCUUGCUGUAAACGACAGAUUGGCUAAGGAUGAACAAAUUGAUGUGGACAUUCAAACAGCAAUGAACUAUGCAGCGUUGAAAGUCAGUGGUGUAAAGGUGAACAGGAAAGGAAACGACACAGUCCCUUAUGUGGCUCCUGUACUACCAACCACCACAUCAGACAGAGCACUGCCCAGCCGGACAUACUGUGGCCUGUCUGUGAGGUAGAUGGUAAUCCA